AAUCCUAGUCCACUGUUGGAUCAACCAAAGCCGCGGAUCGAACGGGGGAGGAGAUGUCGAGGUUCCGCGCGAUCUCUCCGGUGUACUUCGUCGCCCUCGCCGCCAUUUUCGCCCACGGAGCUCGCACGGAGGGGGUCGUCGCCCCCUCCGAGGCGAAGCAACUCCGAGACGAGGUGCGCGAUAUGUUUUAUCAUGCCUUUGAUGGCUACAUGCAACAUGCUUUUCCUCUUGAUGAAUUAAGGCCUUUAACCUGCAAAGGAGAAGACACACUCGGUGGCUAUGCCCUCACUCUUAUCGACUCCUUGGAUACAUUGGCUCUUCUGGGGGAUCGUGAACGAUUCGGUGCAGCUGUUGAAUGGGUUGGCAGAAAUGUCAGUCGCCACAUGCAGGACAAAACUGUCUCAGUUUUCGAAACCACAAUUCGUGUUCUUGGGGGAUUGCUAUCUGCUCAUCUAAUCGCCAGUGAUUAUGCCACUGGAAUGAAGAUCCAAUCUUAUGAUGAUCAGCUGCUUCAUUUAUCUGUUGAUUUGGCUCAAAGGAUGUUACCUGCAUUUGACACGCCCACAGGUAUUCCAUUUGGGUCAGUUAAUCUGUUGCAUGGGGUGGAUGAAGAUGAAAGCAAGAUAACAUCAACAGCUGGUGGUGGUACUUUGACGUUAGAAUUUGGGGUGCUUAGUCGGUUGACUGGUAAUCCCGUUUUCGAGCAAGUUACAAAGAAUGCAGUGCGUGGAAUAUGGGCCCGGAGGUCAAAACUUAACCUUGUUGGGGCCCACAUUAAUGUUUUUACUGGUGAAUGGACGCAGAAGGAUGCUGGAAUUGGCACAAGCAUUGAUUCCUUCUAUGAAUAUCUUUUGAAGGCCUAUUUACUCUUUGGAGAUGAGGAGUAUUUAUAUAUUUUCCAGGAAGCUUACAAGGCAGCCAUGAAAUAUCUUCAUCAUGAUCCUUGGUAUGUUGAGGUGAAUAUGAACUCUGGUACCACUGUCUGGCCAUUAUUUAAUAGUCUACAAGCAUUCUGGCCAGGGCUUCAGGUUUUAGCUGGAGAUAUUGAUCCUGCUAUUCGGACCCAUCAUGCCUUCUUUAGUGUCUGGAAAAGAUAUGGAUUCACUCCAGAGGGGUUUAAUUUGGCUACAUCAAACAUUCAAAAUGGGCAGAGGAGUUACCCGCUGCGGCCUGAGUUGAUGGAAAGUACAUAUUGGCUAUUCAAAGCUACCAGAGAUCCAAGGUAUCUCGAUGCUGGCAGAGAUAUGGUCGCUAGUCUUCAGUAUGGUGCCAGAUGUCCGUGCGGAUAUUGUCACAUAGAAGAUGUGGAGUCUCACAAGCAGGAUGACCACAUGGAGAGUUUCUUCCUUGCAGAAACUGUCAAAUAUCUUUGGCUUCUUUUUGAUUUGGCCAUCGGCCCAGAUAACAUUGUUGAGAAUGGACCAUACAAGUACAUCUUUAGCACAGAAGGUCACUUGUUGCCUGCUACACCAGAGAUAGCUUUGGUGAACGAGCACUGCUCUUAUUUUGGAGCAUUUUGUAAAGGUGAAGGAGGGCAAAUAUAUGGUACAAAAGGCACAUUACUGGGCCAUCAAGAAGCAAAUGAUACCCGCUCUGAUAGUAAAUGGGUGCUCUCAGGCCAGCAUGUUAACUUGAAGGAUUCCUUUGCAACUUCAGGGUUCAUCAAGGGGCAGUGUCUAGGAUUGACCCAUGGUCAGAAAUUUGGCAUAGCGUAUUCUGACGAAGAGGAUAGUGCUUAUGAACAUGAAUCUAAGAUUCAAGCUCAGGGGCAUUCUGUUAUUGUAAUCCCCAGUGCCGCCACGAGACAAUCUGUAGAUUCAGGCGAGAAUAAGCUGAUUGACACUAAAGAACCUAGCGAGAGUCCUAUAACAAUCACCAAUCGCACAGAAAACAAAGUAGACAAUGUUAGUGAACAAAAUUCAACAGAUUCGUGACACCAGCUGAACAAAGAAUCUUCUUGGAUGUAACCUCGGAUUUUCCUGGAAAUCGGAGAGACUACUGAGGAUGGGAACAUUGAUGAUACCGAUUAUUAAUUUAUUAUUCAUCAUCUCUCCCGGUUAAUAUACAUGAUGGGGGGUUUAAUCCCGACGCUUAGCGCCCCAUAAUUGGUAUAAUAUGGCGAGCAAUUUGUCGCAAUAUUUUGGGUCAGAGUGCUGGUUCCCGUUGAGGAUCUUUGGUGGUGCUUAUUUGCUUGGAUCGCAAAGUUGUUUAUUGUCAUAACUGUAAAUUAUACAUUGUUGAUGCUCCUCCAUUGAUUUAAACUAGCAGAGAUUAGGCUGUUACAGAGAACAAAAGCUCUUUUGCGUGAGAGUGAAACACUUUGGAUGUUAUUUGGAACGCGCUAUCAGUUUUUAUUUAUUUAUUUAUUUUUCUUUAA